GGCAAAAUCACUGCACCCCGCCAUGCAUGGUGGCGGGGUACACCCUGCCACGUGGCAUUUGCAUGGCACUCGUGGCGAAAGUGGGCUGACGUGGACCCCGCCGUGGAUCAUGGCGGGGUAGGGGUACCCCGCCGUGGAUCAUGGCGGGGUAUGCCCGCGCCCUACUUAGCCGGCCGAACGGCCAUCUUUUUCUCAUUUCUCUCCCUCACUCAGCCCGAGGGUCUUUCUUUCUCUCCCUCUCUCACACCCGAGCUCCGCUCUUCUCCGGUGCCCCUUCGCGUCGUCCUUCACCCCCAUUGCCCCGCCUCGGCGUCCCUCUCCGCUGCGUAUUCCCCACCUUGUCGUUCUCCACGGUUGUUUUUCCGGCCACCCCUCGUUUGGAGAAGAUGGAGGACUCGUAUCGUGAGUCGAUUUGGCGAAAAAAGGGUCGUCCUAGAGAGUUGUACCCCGAUGUGUCUUGCAAGGAUGCCCCCGUGCCUCCAGAGGAACCUAUUCCUAACUGUGAUUGUGGACAUCCGGCACACGUGAGCCAGUCGAGACAUCCGGAUACUGCGGCACGUUGCUUCUAUACUUGUUAUAGUUAUAGCCCCUACUUCCGGUGCUUUUUCUUCCAAUGGAUCGACGGGCCGGACAAGUUUGACCCAAGAAUUCUGCUUUUCUACCCCGGCGUUGAUCAUUGCAAACGUGAGUUGUUUACUCGCUGGGUUCCGCCCCCCCCUAACCCUCCUCCUAUGACGGAGGAAGAGAAGGCCGUCGCCUCUGCACUUCGGCUCGAGGAUCCUCCGAAGUGUCAUUGCGGAGAACAAGCCGUGAUAAAUCCACAGAAUGAACUAGAGUUUGUUUGUCCUCUGCGGCGUGAAGUAAGUUUUGAUUCAAUCUUAAAAUUUCAGUUCGUAUAUGUGUGUUCUAAUGUGUUCUUUUUGUAGGAUCGUGGUUU